GCAGCCUUUGUUUACCUGUGAACAGCUGACAGCCCCUUGCGUGCCCGUAAUUGCGGCCCCGCCCCCGUCAGAUACUGAUUGAGGAAGGGCCAAGAAGAAUUAUCCGUAGCCCCCGAGGUCAAACUUUGCAACAUAGUGGAUCGAGAACUGUCAAGGCAUUUUCCAUAGGGCACCGCCAUGACAUAACGAUAGCUUCGUCAAAGUUAUCGCUGCAUCGGUAAUACUUCCUGCACUGAUACGCUCAGAGUAAGAAGCUGUUAUAACAUUAAAUGUGAGUAGUGACUUCACCUUUUUUUACAUUAGUGGUAUAAAAAGGCAGAAAAAAGUCGUAGUGAGCACUUUAUGCAGGCGCUUAGCUUAGACAGAAUGUUUGCCUCUAAAAAUUUCUUACUGUGCUGCGGGCCGGCUGAAAUUCCCAUGUUCACAAAGAGGAAAUGGCAGCAAAAGGGCCGCGGGUGUCGAAACAGCAGGCGGCUAUUCUCGUGCAGUUCAUCGAGCAGCACCCAUACCUGGCGAGAGCUUCUACAGAGUUCUCGCCACGUAUGACUGCUGCUCGAAAAAACGAACUGUGGGAGGAGGUGGCGGCGGUCCUUAACGCACAGGGGCCAGCCGUAAAGACCACCAGCCGUUGGCGCAACCAUUGGGCCAAGAUGGCGCAUAAAGCGAAAAAAGAAGCGGCCAGGGCAGCGAGCGAGAAGAGGGCUACUGGAGGUGGCAAAGUGGGUGGCGUCGACGGCCGCGUCCUCGACGUCCUUAUGAGGACAGGAGGGGUCCUUGUUUCCCCCCCUGAGUACUUCGCCGAUAGCGAGGACGACGCAAGUUCAGAGGAAGCUGCAGGGCCCAGCGGUUCCCGCAGACAUCCACCAGCGACAACUGCUUUCGUGGUGUCGGGCCCUGCAGCUGUUGCUGGGCCAAGUGGCCUUACACAGCCACCGGCUACCCCCCAGGUGCUGCGGCCUACCACCCAGGUGCCUCAGCCAACCCCGCAGGUGCCGCAGCCAACCCCGCAGGUGCCGCAGCCUACCCCUCGAGAGCCACGGGCACCCCGUAGACAGCCCAGGCAGCAGGAACUCGAUGGUGCUGUGGUGACGGCUACUGCCGCAUACGUUCGCCAGAGCCAGUUGGAGGAAGCCAGAGUUCAAGAGGACACCCGCUUCCGCCAACAACUGCUGGAGCAAAACCGGCAGGUAUGUGUAAGGCCACAGAUGUGUAUUUUUCUGCGCAUGAAAUUGAUGAGCAUAUGGCCUCUCUAAAAAUUAUAUUAAUCAGUGAACAAGCAUAACGGAAACGUGUAGUCCUGUGGUGAUAUCUUGUACACAUUC